GAAAUCCAGAGCCGGAAAUCACAAUAGAGCCUAACAGGCAAAUGACCACAGAAUCGGUCAUCCCUGCACAUGGCACUUUCGUAAUUCGCAGGAAACUGUUGUUGGAAAGGAUACAAAGGCCAUUGAAAGUAUAAAAUCGGCCUCUUCAACCACCACCUCCAACGCCAAUCCCCUGAAAACCAAAAGCCUCCAAAGCCUUUAGGCCACAGAACCAAGAAAAGAAUAUUACAGAAGGAAAUAAAAAAAAAAACAGAAAAAAAAAUUGAUGAAUGCUGCAGUGUCAUUUAUAGGAGGAGCCAACGGCAACAAGAAAGGCUUGGCUGCAACUCUUGCAGCCCAUCCAGGAGAGCUUAAGCUCCGAGCUUCCCUGUCAGACACCAACUUCACAGAUGGGUCCACCUUAAAUUUUGAUGACCUCUUAAUUUCUAUUGAGAAGCCUGGUUCUUUCAUAAUCGACUUUGACAUCCCAAAAAAGGAUGUUCAGUUUCAGUUCAUGAACACGUUUAAGGUGGACGGCAAACAGGUAAAUUGGACAUACACCCACGUGAGGAAUGAGAGACGGACAGUACUGGACGGGACCCUGUUGUUAGAUAUAGCCAAUAAGUUAUCUGCAAGUCAUGAGCUCGGUUCUUUUAACUGCAAGUUGAAGUACACUCAUGUGCAUAGAGGGUUGACAACGUUUGAGCCCUGCUAUGAUUUGGCCAAGAAGUCUUGGGACUUAGCCGUGUCAAGGAGAGUUCUAGGUGGUGAUCUAAUCAAAGCUACCUAUGAGACAUCGAGUCAGGUUUUGGGUGUGGAGUGGUCGUGUAGCUCCUUGAUUAAUGAAGGUGGAAGGAUUAAGGUUUCAGCAUCUUUCAAUUUGGCAGAGGGCUUACAUCCGCCAAAACUAAAUGUCCAGAGUAUGUGGAACAUUCAGGCAUAGUCUCUUGAUAAUAGGCUUGAUUUUUUAUUAACAUAUAAAACAGAGUAGUUAUAUUCAAUAUGCUGUAAGCCUGUAGGUUGUUCAUAUGAGACACCCUUUAGGAAUAUAGACUGUUAUUAGUUUAGCUUCAAAGCAAGGGAUUUGGCAGCCCUGGAUGUGUCUUAUGUUUUUUCUCUAGCUCUCUUAUUAAGGUGAAUUUGCCAUCUCUUUAUGUUCUGAAUCUGAUGAAACCAUAAAAUCAUGUCAAUCAUCUUUCUCUUUUAAAAGGAGCUUUUGGAUGCGGGAAUUUGUGCAAUAAAACUUUGGUGUAGACUGUGUUACUUCUGGUAAA